AUGGUCGCCACCAUCAUCGACUCUCAGCUACCCGUUCGAAGACCGCGUAUCGCCGUCACUCUUGGUGAUCCAUCAGGUGUCGGUCCGGAACUUAUCGCCAAACUCUUGAGCAACGCUGCCAAUCUCCGACGCGCAGAUAUUGUACUCCUCGCAGACCACACCGAGCUACAAUCUGCCAUCAAAGAUGCUGCAGGUGUGCAAGUAGCCGUCUCAGACAAGUCAGCCGGCCCGCAUGGGAUCCAAGUAUUGGACGAUGGGACAGCUUUCCAGUAUCACACGACCCGUGCUGAAGUAUCCAAAUCAAGUGGAGCACGUUGUAUCUAUCAGUUAAGAAGAGCUCUUGAACUCGUCCGAGCUGGUGAGAUCGACGCAAUAGUCUUUGGACCCUUGAACAAGAGCUCGCUCAAGAAAGCGGGUAUGACCGAAGAGGACGAAUUGAGGUGGUUCGCCAAACAGCUGGACUUCAAGGGUACGACCAGCGAGAUCAAUAUUGCAGGAGAGUUGUGGACUGGUAGAGUCACAAGCCAUAUCGGUAUCGAAGAUGUUGCUGCUCGCAUCACAAAGGAGUCGGUGACUAAAGCCAUUGAGCUCCUGCACAGACUCAGAUGGGAGUCGGGCAUUGAGUCGCCUCGCCUAGCUGUAUGCGCCUUGAAUCCCCACAACGGAGAGAACGGAGCCUUUGGUCGUCAAGAAAUUGAUGCCAUUCAGCCCGCCGUCACUGCCGCUCAGAAGAAAGGCUUGAAUGUUCAAGGACCUUACCCUUGCGAUACUGUCUUCCUCAAGCGCCAGCACUUUGACGGCAUCGUGACCAUGUAUCACGAUCAAGGUCAAAUCGCCAUGAAGCUGCUAAGCUUUGAAGGGGGAGUCACGGUGCAGGGUGGCUUACCUGUACCGAUUUCUACGCCAGCUCACGGGACAGCAUUCGAUAUUGUCGGUCAGAACAAGGCAGCAAUCCUCAGCACGCAAAACGCGUUCGAUAUUGCGGUGACUAUGGCCGAAAGAAGGAUCAUCAAGGCUGCAAGUCCUAUCAGACAGAAGCAUUCUGUUGUGUCGGAAAAAACGGCGUUGACAAAAACUACUGUUGUAGAGAUGCCUUCAUGUUGUUAG